AAUUCCAUAGCCUUGAGCCAGGGCAGUUAAAGUGGUCUCAAACCGGAUUAUUUCUGAAGUGUGGCUGCAGCCCAAUAGUAGUAGUAGGGCUCCUGGAUAGAGAUGCACCCAGGUACCCCAAGGGAGGGGAGGGAGGCGACCUUGGAGCGUGCCCUCUUGGCAGCCCUUGGUGCCUCUUUGGCCAGAAAUAGAGUUCUGUCCUCUGGGCUCCUGUUACAAGGAGAGGGAAAUGGGGUGGUAUUAUUAGAUCUCAGGCUUGUGUGCAAAGAAGGAAGGAGGGAAGAGGAAAGAAGGAAGGAUGGACGGAAGGAGGGAAGGGAGGAAGCGGAAGGAAGGAAGGAAGGAAGCUGAAGAAAGGAAGGAAGCGGAAGAAAGGAAGCUGAAGGAAGAAGGGAAGUUGAAAGAAGGAAGGAGGGACUGAAGGAGGGAAGGAAUGAGAGAAGCUGAAGGAAGGAAGUGGAAAGAAGCGGAAGGAAGGAAGGAAAGAAAUGUAUAAAUAACUGGUACAAAUAAUGUAUACAAAUACUGUAACUAUUGUUCAUCAAUAGUUAACUGAUUAAUAAUUCCUUAAUUUGCUGCUGUGUGCCUUCCAGUCUUUUUAGACUUAUGGCGCCCCUAUCAUGGGCUUUUCUUGACAGGUUUCUUCAGAGGGGGGUUUGUUGCUGCCAUUUUCAGAGGCUGAGAGAGUGUGACUUGCCCGAGGUCAUCCAGUGGGUUUCCCUGGCCGAGUGUGGAUUUGAACCUUGGUCUCCAGAGCCAUAGUCCAGCCCUUAAAACUGCUGCUCUAUGCUCCAAUCCGUGGCAAUGGAGGGCUGGCUGUCAAUACCUUUUCUUUUGAGGGGGCCUCUGUGCAUAAGAGUCCCCAAACUGUGCCCUUUAAGAGAUUUCGGACUUCAUCUCCCAGAAGCCUCAGCCAUGGUGGCCAAUGGUCUGGGAUGCUGGGAGCUGAAGUCCAAAACCCCUCAAAGACCACAAUUUGGGGACCGUUCUGGUCCAGAAACAUGGAGCAGGGUGACUUUUCUAGACUCGUCUUGUGUUUGUUUCCUCAUUUGGCGAACUUCAGCCCUAAAGCUUGUUAAAACCCAGGACUCAAAACAGAACAGACGCCAACGGAGGUCCUUCCAAAGCCCUGGCUUCUCUGCGGAGGCAGGAAAGGGCUACGCAGAGGAGAAGCAGCAAGCCGGAGCCUUAAGGCAGUAGCGCACUUCCGGUUCCGGUCAGCUCUCCUGGAAAGCGGAAGUAAGGGGCUGCUGUAGCAGUUUUAUGAUUCUCCUACCAAUUCCAUUUCCUCCCCGCUUGCAAUGAAGAAAAACCUGCGGAAAAACCAAGGUGAGCGUUACCGCCUGAAGUUCCGGCGUCUCUGCCGUGCAGCCAAGGUACUGGUUUAUGAGAACGCAGCCCUGUGUGAUGAGAUUGCCAGGCUGGAGGCCAAAUACCUCCGUGUGCGCGAAGAGCGCCGGUUCCUAUUGGCUCGCCUGCUGCAGGCCCAAGCCCUGGCAGAAGAAGAGACCCCUGUGUCUACCAUCACCACCAUUUCACAGCCUUCUCCGGACGAGCAGGCCACCCGCAAGCCCCGCCGAGAACGCAAAGGCAAGGAAAAUGGGCGGGCAUCUAAGCGCAGGGUGGCGCCUGAGCUAGGCAUCCGCCGGCUGGUUCCGCCGCUUCCCUUGGAUCCCUCUGGCCGGCCAGUGUUUCCCAUCACGUUGGGUCCGCUGACUGUCUACAGCUUGGGCGAGAUUGUCUCUGACCGUUCCAGUUUCCAUACAGAGAGUGCCAUUUACCCUGUGGGGUACUGCAGCACCAGGAUCUUUGCCAGUACUCAACAGCCUGUUCAUCGCUGCCUCUAUACUUGCCAGAUCAAGGACGGUGGUACUGGGCCGCUCUUUGAGAUAGCCCCUGAAGACGAGCCUGGCUGUGUAAUAACUGGCUCCAGCCCAGACACUUGCCAUGCUCAGCUCCUUGAGGCUGUGGGCGCUGCCCAACUGGAGCCAUCAGGUGCUGAGUUCUUUGGGCUGUCCCACCCAGCCAUCCAGCAUCUCAUUCAGAGCUGCCCCGGAGCACGUAAGUGUGCUGGGUAUCGCUGGUUACGCUUUGAGGUGUGCCGUCCAGCAGAUGGGGCCCCUCCUGAAGCAUUGCCUCCAGGAAAUCCUGGAACCGACUUUGAGGCGUUUCAAAACCAAGGCUUGGCAGGACCAGUGGGUCUGGAUUUCCCUGCUGCCACCCCUUCUCCACCCAGUGGCAAUGGCUAUGCAGAACUGUUCCUGCCAUGUGCCCCCUCAGGGGGGUCCCCUGUUCCCCAAAGCCCAGAGAGUGACACUGACUGAACCUGGCCAGUCGCAUGCCCAUGUAGAGCUUCUGUUUGGAGACCAGACGCAUAUCCCCUCUGCACAGGUAUAAUGGUUUUGUGCCAUUUUUAACUAUCAUGACUCAGUCUUGUGGAAUCUUGGGAUUUGUAGUUUGAUAAGGGGUUUAGGAUUCUGUGCUAGAGUGCUCUGGUUCUCCGAUUCCUGAGAGUGGACUAGAGCCCUCUAGCAAACUACAAAUUCCAGGAUUCCAUAGGAUGAAGCUCUGGCAGUUAAAAGUGAUCUAAAAUUGCACAGUACAGAUCCACUUCAAGCAGUGUAUGUUCACUUAUAUACACCCCAAGGUUUCUUGUAGCUCCAGAACAUGCAACUAAUUGUACUUUGGAUGUUGUUGGACUGCAGCUCCCAUCAUCCUUCACCACUGAUGGAGGCUGUGGUCCAGCAACUUCUGGAGUAAACACAGGUUGCCCACCCCUGCAUGUAGUUCAUACUGCAUUGAUUUCAUAAAUUGUUUGUACCAUCCCCUGGUACUUCACAAUCUUGUUCUUUCAGCACCAUCAAUUUGCUUGCAGGUCUGAGAGGGUGAGAGUGUGUAUGUGCACAUAUCUUUCAUAUAGACUCUAUAAAUGAGUAUUUUAUAUACUGUAAGUAUUUCAUUAGUGUAAUGUUUAUUGUUAAUUUUUGCCUUAAGUAAAAGCUCAUUUUUGAAUAUUCCCCUGUGGGGUAGGGCCAGCUCCAUGUUUUUUUUAGAUCAGUGAAGAUUGGCAUCUUCACUAGGCCCCACUCCAUUAUCCAGUCUGUCUUCUCACUACCAUUGCCACCAUCUGUUGUUGCUGUACCUCCUCUUCAUUGCCAUUGCUUUGCAUGGCAGGUAAGGAAAGCAAACUCCUUCUCAUCAUGACAGGGCUUGGAAAUGUUCCUUCUUUGGACUACAGUUACCAGACUUCCCCAGCUGAUGGGGUGAUAGUAAGAAUUACAAGCCAAAAGGUAACAUUUCCAUGCUCUGCCAUCACCUUGUGUGGGCUGAAGCUUGUUUUGUGAACAAGCAGAUUGCCAGCUGAAGAAAAGGAACAAGUCCAGGGAGCUCAUGUUGGUGACUGUAGACCUCUAGUGAGUUGUGGACACUAGGCAGGUGCCCAAACAUGCCAAUUUUUGUCUUAUGGAUUUCAGGUUCAUUUAACAAUGUUAUCUAGGCCUCAGUAAAUCCAUCACAUCCUGUAAAGGCAUGUUCAUACAUUAACUUCACCAUGACAUAAUGAUCUUUUUCUGUCAAACAUUCUUAAGCUUCACUUCAAAGACUGGUGUGCAUUUGUAUAACUGAUUGAUUAACAGCAAAUGGAGCAAUUAAAAACCAGCAAGAUGUUAACUGUAUUCUUGUAGAUUCCCUUAUUUCCAACAUUAAUGGAGACCACUGCCUAGUUGGUGAAGGGUUUCAGUUUUAGCAUUUUGAGAUCAAAGCCAAUACUGGAUGAACCAAAUGUGUGUGGCUAACUGAUAGAUCAGAGAUGACUCACAUGAAAGUUGGUGGUGACUGAACAAAUGAAUGUCCAAAUUGGUUGUUUUUCUACCUUGUUUCAUUGGAUUUGGGAAGAGAUUUGUGUGUGAGACUUGUCACUGCAGCCUGUUUAUAAUAAAGGCUUUGAAAUUCA